AUGUCUUCGUCCUCCGCCGCGACCAUCAAACUGCCCCACAGUAAGCUCCAAGACUCAAGCUCCAAUGGUACCAUUUCUCUCAAGCCUCGUCCACCUCUAGCCAGCUACACGUUCGGCGGAUUGUCCGCUGUAGGCGCCGUGUUCUUUACACACCCGUUCGACCUGCUUAAGAUCCACCUACAGACGUCAAAGAAGGAGAAUCUAGGGCUGGGGACCGCAGUCCGCCGCAUCCUCAAGCAACAGGGACUACGUGGGCUCUACCAGGGUAUUUCUGGAGGUGCUAUGAGGGAAGGAACGUACUCUACCAUGCGCUUCGCAGUGUACCACUACCUCAAGGACGAGGCGGUGCGGCGGAAUGACGGCCAACCUAUCUCCACAGGCCACAAUGUACUACUGGGUAUGACUGGAGGCAUCAUCGGAGGAGCCUUUGGCAACCCAGCAGACAUUGUCAAUAUCCGUAUGCAGGCAGACAGUCGAUUGCCUCCUGAGAAGAGACGCAACUACAAACACGCAGUGGACGGACUCCUUCGUGUGGAGAAGGAGGAGGGACUCGUCGCGUUGAUGCGCGGGGUGAGACCCAACAUGAUUCGUGCCAUGCUGCUGACAACAGGUCAGAUUGCCGCCUACGACUUGGCCAAGUCGACGAUUCUCGACAACAAAGUGGUGCCCAUGCGCGACAAUCUGCAGACCCACGUCUUGGCCAGUAUGGUGGCUGGUCUGGUGGCGACGACGGCGUGUGCACCGGCAGAUGUGGUCAAGACAAGGCUGAUGAACAUGCAUCAUAACGAAUACAAGAGUGCGACAGACUGCUUUGUCAAGGUGGUAAAGCACGAAGGACUGCGAGGACUGUACAAGGGAUGGCUGCCAGCGUAUAUGCGACUGGGACCGCAGACGCUGCUGACGUUUGUGUUCCUCGAACAACUUCGCAAGCGCUUGCUAUAG